GCUCUGACAUUCCACUGACAUCCAGGCAUCAUUUUUGCACUGGACUCCAAUGUCCAGCUCCUAGUACUGGUCUCUUCAAACUCUUUGUUGGAUUGUGGAUUGUUCAGUUUUUCUUCACAGGUAUUCCAUCUGUUCUGAGAGUAUAUUCCUGCACUGAGUGAAAAGAGGUGGCAGGAUGUCUUUGCCCUUCUACCAAAAGCAUCAUCAGCAUUAUGACCGUGAUUAUCGCAACAUAGAUCUGCAGUCCACCCUAAGCCAGUACCGGCAUGAAGAGAAACGCCACUCUGCCGCUCACAGCAGCCAUCUUGGAUUGAAAUCAUCCCAUAAAACGAUAGAAGAUACAUAUAAGAUGAGUCCAAGAGCAAAGCGGUCAAAAAAUUUUGUCCUGGAUAAUGAAGAUGUGGGCUAUGUGGUUCCUGUGUUCAGGGGACGCCAAGAAUAUGUUAGUGGAAUCACUGAUACAGAAGAAGAAAGGAUUAAAGAGACAGCUGGAUAUGUCGCCCGCAGGAAACUCUUGGCUUCUGGUGAAGGAAUUAGUGUAUCCAGAACAGCUUCUUCAUCAGUGAAGCAAUCUGAGGCAUAUCAUAAGAAAUCUAGAAGUGUUCAAAUACGAGAAAAGGCGGAGCGCCUAGCCCUCAAAAAGACGUUAGAAGAAACCGAAGAAUUUCACAAAAAGAUAAAUGAGGACACACUGUUACAUGCUCCAGUCUUUGUCAUCAAGCCUCGUUCUCACACCGUCUGGGAGACACAGAACGUGAAGUUUCACUGCACAGUGAGUGGGUGGCCAGAGCCACGAGUUACCUGGUAUAAGAAUAAUGUUCCAAUCAAUGAUCAAACUCACCCUGAAAAAUACAAAAUUGAAAGUGCUUAUGGUCUUCACUCGCUGGAGAUUAACAAGUGUGAUUUUGAGGACACAGCACAAUACCAUGCAUCAGCUAUGAAUGUGAAAGGAGAGAACUCUUCAUAUGCUUCUCUUGUGGUGAAAAGAUAUAAAGGGGACUUGGAUGUGACACCUAUUCCUCCUUCAAGGGGGGAACCAUUCAGCUUUACCGUCAGCCCAUAUGGCUUUGGUACUAGGUUUGACAUCCAUUUUUUUGACUCAUUCGGAGUAUCAUUUGGCAAAGAAGGCGACACACUGAGUCUGGGUUCCAAAGUCAUUGUUCACCCAGCCAUUAAACGCUUCCAGCCAGAAAUCCAAUGGUACCGAAAUGGAGUCCUGGUAGCCCCAUCCAAAUGGAUGAGCAUGCACUGGAGUGGGGAACAUGCCUCUCUGACUUUGAGACACCUCAACAAGGAGGAUGAAGGACUGUACACCCUGCGGGUGGUCAUGGGAGAGUACUAUGAGCAGUACAGUGCUUAUGUGUUUGUUAGAGAUGCUGAACCAGAGGUAACUGGGACACCAGCGGCACCACUGGAUGUGGAAAGCCUUGAUGCCAACAAAGACUAUGUGAUAAUCUCUUGGAAACAGCCAGCUGUAGAUGGUGGAAGUCCAAUUCUGGGAUAUUUUAUUGACAGGUGUGAGGUUGGCACCAGUCACUGGACUCAGUGUAAUGACACACCUGUGAAGUUUGCCCGCUUUCCCGUUACUGGUUUAAUAGAAGGUCGAUCUUACAUAUUCCGUGUGAGGGCCAUAAACAAAACUGGAAUCAGCAGACCUUCCCGUGUCUCAGAGCCAGUCACAGCUCUGGAUCCAGCGGACAGAGCCAGGAUCAGAACUCGUCCUUCUGCUCCAUGGACUGGUCAAAUCAUUGUAACUGAAGAAGAACCUACAGAGGGGGUUAUUCCUGGGCCACCAUCUGAUCUCACUGUGACAGAAGCCACCAAGAAUUAUGUGGUGCUGAGCUGGAAGCCUCCUGGCUUACGUGGCCAUGAAGGUGUUAUGUACUAUGUGGAAAAGACUGUUGCUGGCACAGAGAACUGGCAGAGGGUCAACACAGAAAUCCCAGUAAAGUCUCCACGAUUUGCUCUGUUUGAUCUGGCUGAAGGAAAGUCUUAUAGCUUCAGAGUUCGUUCUUGUAACUCUGCUGGUGUCGGAGAACCCUCAGAGGCAACAGAGUCAACUGUAGUGGGUGAUAAACUUGACAUCCCCAAGCCACCAAGUAAUCCUGUCCCCACAAGAAACACAGACACUUCUGUGGUCCUUACGUGGACAGAGUCCAAGGAUGCCAGGGAGCUGGUGGGAUAUUACAUUGAGGCCAGUCUCGUAGGAUCUGAGCAGUGGGAACCCUGCAACAAUAACCCAGUGAAAGGGAAAAGAUUUAUUUGCCAUGGUCUUCUCACUGGGGAACAGUACAUCUUCCGGGUCAGAGCUGUGAAUGCAGCUGGACUCAGUGACUACUCCUCAGACUCUGAGCAGAUAGAAGUCAAAGCCGCCAUUGCAACUCCCUCCGCCCCUUAUGACAUCACUGUUCUCGAGAGUGUAUGUGACUCCAUGGUGAUUGGUUGGAAGCAGCCCAAAGUCACCGGCGGUGUGGACAUUCAAGGCUACUACAUCAACUAUCGAGAGGUUGUGGAUGGGGUCCCAGAACAAUGGCAGGAAGCCAAUGUUAAACCCAUAAGCGACAGAGCAUACAGGGUUUUGAACUUGAAAGAAAACACAGUGUACCAAUAUCAGGUGGCUGCAUGCAAUCUGGCUGGGGUUGGGACUCCAUCCCUGCCAAGUAAGUCAUUCAAAUGUGAAGAAUGGACCAUUGCGGUGCCAGGACCGCCACAUGAGCUAACCGUUACUGAGGUCAGGAGUAGCUCCAUGGUUCUGCUAUGGAAGUCCCCAGUCUACACUGGUCGCAGUCCAGUUACCGGCUUUUACGUGGACGUUAAAGAGGCAGAUGCACCAGAGGAAGCUUGGAAAGGUGUGAACAAGAAGCCAACUGCAAACACUUACUUGAAGAUCCAAGACUUGAAUAAUGAAGUCCUUUACGUGCUGAGGGUGAGGGCAAUGAACCAGGCUGGUGUUGGAAAGGCAUCCGAUCUGACAGAUCCUAUACUCGCACAAACCAAACCAGGUACCAAGGAGGUAGUGGUGGAAGUGGAUGACAAUGGAGUCAUUUCAUUGAACUUUGAAUGUGAUCAACUUACUCCAGACUCUAAGUUUGUGUGGUCCAAAAAUUAUGAUGCAAUAGAUGAUGAUUCAUCAAGAGUAUCUAUUGAGACCAAAGGUGGCAGGACAAAGGUGGUAUUCAAAGACCCUUCAGAAGAAGACCUUGGCAUUUACUCCUGCGCUGUUACAGAGACUGAUGGAGUGUCGUCCAGCUAUACAUUAGAUGAAGACGAGCUCAGGCGCCUGUUGCAGCUCAGCCAUGACAACAAAUUCCCAGUUAUUCCUCUUAAAACUGAAUUGGCUGUAGAGAUCCUGGAGAAAGGACAAGUUCGCUUUUGGAUGCAAGCUGAGAAGCUCUCGGGUAGUGCUAAGGCCAACUAUGUGUUCAAUAAUAAGGAAAUUCAGCACGGUGAUAAAUACAAGAUGCACUUGGACAGUAAGACUGGCAUCGUGGAAAUGAUCAUGGAGAAGCUGGAGGAUGAGGAUGAAGGAACAUUUACCUUCCAGCUUCAAGAUGGAAAGGCAACAAACCAAUCCAGUCUGGUACUUAUCGGUGAUGUGUUUGAAAAACUGCAGAAAGAAGCCAGAUUCCAGAGACAUGAAUGGAUCAGAAAACAAGGUCCUCAUUUUGUGGAGUACCUGGGAUGGGAAGUUACUCCUGAGUGCAAUGUGCUGUUGAAAAGUAAGGUUGCGAAUAUGAAGAAAGAAACAAGUAUAACAUGGUAUAAAGAUGAAAUGGAGAUAAUGAUUGAUGAGAAGCAUGACUUUAAGGAUGGUGUAUGUACAUUACUCAUUACUGAGAUUACAAGGAAAGAUGCUGGUAUAUAUGAGUUAUUGCUGAAAGAUGAUAGAGGAAAAGACAAGAGUGUACUUAAGCUUGUAGACUCCGCAUUUGAUGAUCUCAUGACUGCAGUUUGCAAAGUGAUUGCUGAGUCGGCCACUCCAGUCAAAAUUCAGAGUAACGAGGAAGGCAUAAGGCUGUACUCAUUUGUCAAUUAUUAUGUAGAAGAUCUCAAAGUGAGCUGGGGUCACAAUGACAGCAAGAUGAAGUACACAGAUAGAGUUAAGAGUGGUGUCACUGGGGAAAUGCUUUGGCUACAGAUAAAUGAACCAACACCAAAUGACAAAGGCAAAUAUGUACUGGAAAUGUUUGAUGGUAAAACUACUCAUACAAAGGACGUCGAUUUGUCUGGACAAGCUUACGAUGAAGCCUAUGCUGAAUUCCAAAGAUUAAAGCAAGCUGCAAUAGCAGAAAAGAAUCGUGCCAGAGUGAUAGGCGGUUUGCCUGAUGUUGUAACCAUACAGGAAGGAAAGGCACUUAACCUCACAUGCAGUAUCUGGGGAGAGCCAGUACCAGAGGUCACCUGGCUAAAGAAUGAAAGAGAAUUGAUAGCAGAUGCACACUGCAUCCUUAAGUUUGAGUCUGGGAAGUAUGCCAGCUUCACCAUUACUGCCGUCGCGACUACCGACUCUGGCAAAUAUUGCAUCCGGGCAAAGAACAAAUAUGGCACUGAGACUAAUGAUUUUACUGUAAGUGUGUUUAAUCCAGAGGGUGGAGAAACAGAGGAGGAGGCUCAGCCUGACACUAAGAAAUAAUAACUAUACUAAUAAAACUGAGAAUUUACGGAGGGUAGUAUGAUGUUAAGUGCUAUUAUAAUGUGAAAGAGCCACUGUUUCUAAAUCCCGGCCUCAGGUUUCUCAGCAGUCCAAGUUUACAUGCUGUCCUCCCAUAACACUCUUUUACGUACUUCCAUGAUUUUGAAGUGUGCUUCCCUGCUCCUGAGAGAACAUCUUGAAAGCAAAAACUUUGUGGAAGACAUUAGACCUGGUUUGAGAAACAGUGGCAUAUGCGACUGACUCCACUCCUUUAACCUACCUCACUUCUAGUUUGAAAUUUAAUUGGAGCAGCUUAAGGUGUUCCUAUUGGCUACAUACUGGUGGCAGCCAUUUUGUGAAAUUAUCGAAGGUCAACAUCAGUACCCUAAACCCUAGUGACGUCAAUGGGUCCUAGUGAUUUCAUAGGAAUGGUUAUUGCUUAAGCACACAAAUAGCUGCCUCCACUGUGUAUGUAGGUGAUAGAUAAGAGCUUAAAUACACUGUGACUCAAAAGCUAUAGGCAUCUAAUGUAACUUUAUUAUAAAUUAUUGCAUAAUUUAAAAUAGUCACAUGCAUCUAAGAAUACUUGUGUCUAACUUGCUUUAUGUUAUUUUUGUUACACAGCAGGAAAAGACCUACAGAGAUAAUGUACUAAUGAAAAAGAUAAAUAAUAAUAAUAAUAAUAAUAAUAUUUGUUCUGUAUUUAGAUUAGACUUGUGUGCCCUACCAUAUCUAUUGUUCUAGUUCAGAUACAUACCAAACAGUUUGGCAGUGUUAAUUAAGUUAAAACAUAACACUAUUUUCUAACAAUAUUCAGUUACAUGUUUUGUUUUCCUUAGAGCCACAUAUGUACAUACAUGUUCAAUUUUAUUUAUAAAUGAUAUGGUUCAAUCAGAACAUGAACACUUCUUGUAGCAGAACAAUUAGAUUACAGUAUAUACCUAUUUUAACAAAUACUACACUCGAUUGUUCGGUUAUUCUAUAUUGAAGUUUAGAAAAGAAAUAACUAUGAACCACAGUUUGACUAUUGAAAACUUUUACUAUAAAAGUGAUAGUUUGUGCAGCGGGUGUUGAAUUACAGCGAUCGGCAAGCUAGAGCCUGACUGCACGUAAUAUGAACUAUAGGAAGAUGAGGUGGGUGAAAGAACUGGAGUGAGGUUAAGGCUAAAACAUAUGCUUCCAGAUGACACUGCAUAACUGGAGAACACUUUGAAAGGUUAUGUUGAAGAAGACUAAUUAAAUAGUACUCUAGAAUUACUCAGCUGUGUAAAAUCAUACUGUACUGUAAUACCACCAUUGUGCUGUAUUGUAUGUCUUACAUUAGUGUUCUUUUUGUUAAUUGUAGGGUAAUUCAAUCACUUCUGUAUGUGUCUGCCCACUAUUCACUAAUAAACAGAGCACAUAUUUUCAUCUCUACCUCCA